CAGCCGGAUGUGGAUUCAGUCUCAAGAAUGGCGGCGUCGGAAGAGGUGACGUAUUUCGUUGUAAACAACAUUCCUGCCCUGUUCCGAUCCGCAGACCUGAGGAACUAUUUUAGCCAGUUUGUCGAGAGUAAGGGAUUCGCGUGUUUUCAUUAUCGCCAUCGGCCGGAGGUUCGAGUGCAGAGCUCGGGGUUAACAGAUAACAUUAGCGGAUCUAGUGAGCGGACGAGCGGUUCGGAUGUUUCUGAGGGAAAAAGCGCGGGCUCGUGUUGUUGUGUGGUGUCGGUUCGCUCACAGGAAUCGGACAGAUUCAUGAAGAUGUAUUUGGGGAACCAGUGGAUCGACUCUAAAGGAAACUGGCUGAGAAGAAAGUGUUUGAUCCGGAGAGUCAGAGUGUCAGAGCAGGCUGAUCACAAUUCAUUCCCGUACAAGACGAAGGCCGAGAUGAGACGUCACGUCGCCCAGUCAGAGCAUUUCACCAUGUCGGACCUCAAGGGCCUGCCGGAGCUCAAUCCGCCGGCGCUCAUGCCGGCGGGAAACGUCGGCACACCUGUAACUGUUUUUCUUGAGCUCAUCCAAUCCUGCCGCCUCCCGCCGCGUCUCAUCCGCAAACUGGGUCUCACGUUUCCCAAAACUGGCUCGAAUCGGCGAUACGGCAACGUGCCAUACCUCUAUCGCAACACGGCCGUCGUGAGCCCCGCGGAGGAGAGCGUCUUCACCGCCGGAGGAGUCGAGAUCUCGGGGCCCGGCGGCUUGGACACGCCCACAAACUCUCAAACAGUAGAUAAAGACACGCCCACACAUUCACAAAUUCAAAUAGACGAAGAGGACACGCCCAGUUCUCCACCUGUCAAUCAAGAGUCACAGGAAGAAGGAAGUGAAGAGGAGCUGUCAGGCCCUGAUGAUGACGAUGACCGCUGUGAGGAGUGGGAGCGUCACGAGGCCCUCCACGAAGACGUGACCAGUCAGGAGCGCACUAAAGAGAGGCUGUUUGAGGAGGAGAUCGAGCUCAAGUGGGAGAAGGGCGGAUCGGGCCUCGUCUUCUACACAGACGCUCAGUUCUGGCAGGAGGAAGAAGGAGAUUUUGAUGAGCAAACAGCAGACGACUGGGACGUGGAUAUGAGCGUCUACUAUGACAAAGAUGGAGGCGAUAUGGACGCCAGAGAUUACGUGCACAUGCGCUCUGAAAAGAGGCUGCGGGACGGUCUGGACGGGCUGCCGGGACGACAGCAGAAAAUCGGCAGCUUUGAGAGGUUUACAAAGGGAGUGGGCCGGCGUGUGAUGGAGAAGCAGGGCUGGAGGGACGGAGAAGGGCUUGGGAACAGUCGAAUAGGAAUGGCGGAGGCGCUGGAGAACGACGGACAGCAUCCCAACUGCAAGAGAGGCUUUGGGUAUCAUGGAGAAAAGCUCAGCUCAUUCCUUCCACCUAAAAAACCCAAAAAAGACUUUCACAUCUCCACAGUUUAUGAUGAACCUCAAGACAUUGAUAAAGGAGACGAAGUGCUGCGGCGUCAACCCAACACCAGCAUGAAGUACACACCAGGGGGCAGCGCUGAGCCGAACACAUGACCGCUGAUCACUACUGACAUUCACUACUAGGACUAUUGCCUAUUUAUUAUUGUCUGUGCGCUAAAAACAAUGGAUGCUUUUACACACAGCUGUACAUUAUUUUUCUGUGAUUUUUGUAUUAAACAUUUUCAAAA